CAAUCACGACCGGGUGUGAUACAGCCUGGAUUUGAACAAGGGACUGUCGUGACGCCUCUUGCACUGAGAUGCCGUGUCUAUGCAGUGCCUAGACAGCUGCGCCAGUCGGGAGCCCAAGAUACUAGUCACUAUCCGUACAGUAGGUGGCGGCAAUACAUCAAUAGGCGUAGUCUGCCAUAAAACCUCAAGGAAGAAGAAGAAGCACACUCGUGAGAAUUAUGAACCGUUGUUCAUGUAUCUGUUGUCGUUUUAUAGACAGAUGAGCGAGUCUGCCAACAAAUAUGAUCCCUCUAAAGCGCAGGAAAGUGAACUGCUCCGUUACAAGCGACAGCAGCGGUGACAGGACCAGCAAGUUUCCCGGGGUUGUCAUCUUUCUCCUGGAGAGAAAAAUGGGAGCCAGUCGGAGAGCCUUCCUCACCCGGCUCGGGCGGGGGAAAGGUUUCAACAUAGAAUACUUCUUAAGCCGUUCCAUCACUCAUAUCGUGUCCGAGAAUAAUUCUGGGGAGGAAGUCCGGACUUGGCUGGACCUCCAGACUGGAGGACAGAGCAGAGAAGGGGGAGAAGGCAGGCCAGCCCGACCUGGUUCUGUCCAUCUCCUGGACAUGGUGUGGUACACAGAGAGCAUGCAUGCUGGCAUCCCUGUGAUUAUACUGGACAGACACAGACUACAGGAGAGAGAGAAGCCUGGUUUGGAGCUGGCAGUGGUCUCAGUACCCAGCUAUGCCUGUCAGAGACACACCCCUCUACUGCACCACAACACAACACUGACCGUGAGUCCUCCUCCUUCCCACAAUCCCCUCACUUACGAGGUGUUGAUGAUCGUUGUCCAUACUGCUGAGAAUGCGGAGUCAGUGAAAACGAGGACGGAGUGCAUUCCGUUAGGCAGCAGCCUUGUUGAUAGUCCUCCCCAGGAGGUCAGAGGGCAGAGCAACAGUCUGCAGUAUUAUGACGAACUGAACCUGCCUGUCACGAAAUCAGAGGCUGUUGCAAUUGGUCAGAUUGUGGAGAGGGCGGUUCAUGCUGUGCUCCCGGGGGCAGAGAUCAUUCUGAUUGGAGGAUUCAGGAGAGGUAAGCAGACUGGUCAUGAUGUGGACUUCUUGAUAACCCAUCCCGACGAGGGCAGAGAGGAGGGGCUCAUGCCUAAGGUGGUGUCCUGGCUUGAAGCACAGGGCUUCCUGUUGUACCAGAAGACCACUCGGAACUCUUAUCUGGAGAGCAAAGAGGGUCCUGCGAGGCCAGCCUCUAACAUGGACCGCUUUGAAAGAUGCUUUUCCAUCUUUAGACUGAGCACAGACAACGAAGGGAGGGAGAUCCAGGCGGGGGAUGGUCCACAGACAUACUCACCGACACUGACCAAUACAGAUCCACACACCCACUCAGACACUCACCCACACUCAAAAACGGACUCACACCCACUUCCCCAGACCCUUGUCUUCCCCAAACCCCAGACUUCCCCAGACUUCCCCAGACCCCAGACCAUGCCCAGAGUGAGCUGGGUGCUGGGUCAUUCUCAGUGCUCAGGUCCCCGGUCCUGGAGGGCAGUGAGGGUUGACCUGGUGGUCUCUCCAUACAGCCAGUUUGCCUUCGCAUUGCUGGGCUGGACUGGAUCGAAGUUGUUUGAGAGAGAGCUGCGUCGCUGGGCAGUACAUGAGAAGGCCAUGACUCUGAGCAGCCAUGCUCUGUACGACAGAAAACGGACGCAGUAUCUAAGGGCGAGUUCAGAGGAAGAGAUCUUUGCUCAUCUGGGUCUGGAAUAUAUCCCUCCCUGUGACCGGAACGCCUGACGACAACAUACGGGACUGAUAACAGAUACAGUCUAAGCGCUAAGCUAAGCAAACCCAAGCUAACUUAAACCUAAACAUAAGCCAAAUCAAACUGAGCCUUAUCCCGAGAACAACACACAGGCCAGAUACAGCCCAGGGUAGACAAGAAGGGGGGGGGGGGUGAGAGGUGGAUAGAUAGUUACAUAUCUGUAUUUUAUUCAAUUGUAAAUAAUAGAUAACAUACAGACCCAGGAUGUUGUAAAGUACCAAAUCUAUCUAUCUUUAGUUAACUAAAUUAAAAUAACUUAACUACUCGAGCCAUUAAUUGUACAGUAUGUGCUUUUUUUUCAUAUCUGACAUAUUAGAUCAUUUUCUUUCAUUGGUGCCUUGUUAUUGAAUACGUUUUUAAUAUUUACUGCAAUUUGUUUGUAAUAUUUAGAAUGCAGUUAAACUGUGAAUUAAAAUGAUAUCAAUAAUUUUAGACUUACCAAAAAGCUUUUAAAAUGUGACAAUGUAGGCCUAAAAACUGUGUGCGUUCUGAGGGAAAGUGCUUAAUAUAUGCAUGCCCUCAUGCAGUGUGUGGUUUUGUUACAUUUUGCAUGAUGACAGCAGUGGCCUAUUUACACAGCAGGUGUAUGCUACACACACACCACCAUCCAACUCACGGUCUCAGAAAUAGAAACAUUAUGUACAAAAUACAUUUUAAAAAUGCCA